GCGGCGGUGCCCACUGCCCACUGGAAAGCCGGAGACGGAAGCGAAGGAGCUGCAUCAAAACGCGCUGCUGCACAUUCCGCUACGACAUCAGUCCACACUCCACACUGAGCACACCACCUCACCUCCCGACCUGGGCUGUCUGUCUCUGUCCCCCACUCCCCCUCCAGCAAGGGUAGCAUUUGAAAUCCUCCACCGAUCCCCCCGAAUCGCCGCCGCCUGGCGCACCCAAUGCCGGCGCCCUCCCCUCCCCUCCUCCUGCUCCUCGCUCCCAUCCUCCUGCUCGCCCCGCGCGCAUCCGCCGGCGCCGCCGCGGGGGUCGGGGUGAGCGGCGGGGGCCAGCUCUGGUGCGUUGCCAAGAACAACGCUGAGGACGGCGCGCUGCAGAGCGCCAUCGACUGGGCGUGCAGCGCCGACGGCGGCCGCGCCGACUGCACCGCCAUCCAGCAGGGUGGCGCCUGCUACGACCCGCCCGACCUCCAGCGCCACGCUUCCUACGCCUUCAACGACUACUUCCUCCGCGCCGGCGGCGCUGCCAGCCCCGCCGCCUGCGACUUCUCCGGCGCCGCCGCGCUCACCGCGCUGAACCCCAGUCAUGGGAGCUGCGUGUUUCCUUCCAGCACUUCCCCAAAAAAUGGCAGCUUUACAGGAACAACAACCUACGGUGCGAGUGGUACAGAUUUAAGCUACAAUUCUUCUUGGAAACCCAACUCCUGGUCGUGGCUCUUACAUAUCUCUUUAUUUGUAAUGCUUUCGUUUGUCACACAUUUGUGACGAAUUUUUUCUUCUUCUCAAACUCUUAUUUGCGAGUAUGAUGAACUCUCAAGCUUCUGGAAUGCAAUUCAUUCUCUAUGUGGCAGCCACACUGCUUUGGGAGGCUGCGGAAAUGGAUAGAUUAAAGAAAAAGGGAUCUCCGCGCCUGCCGCCUAUAUAGUUCAUCCAGUAUUGCUUUGGCCUUUGUAUUAAUCCUAGCAAGUGUAAAUUUAAUUAUACGAUGAUUAGUGAUUUCUCUGCUCAGAGAGCAAUUCACGAAUCCGGAAUAAUUGAGAUGUCAAUAUGCUCGAA